GCGGCGGCGCCGGGCCCGGUUCUGGCCCGGUUCGACCCCGGUCCUGGCCCGGCUCCGGCCCCGGCGGAGCCCCCGCGAGCCCCGCAGGUGAGGCUCUCACCUGCGGCCGUGUCCCCCCAGGUGCGGCCAUGGCGGGCGCGGCGCCCCCCGCAGGUGCCCCCGAGCAGCCCUUCACCUGCCGGGAGUGCGGCAAAUCCUUCCGCUGGUCCUCGCGCCUGGCGCAUCACCUGCGCAGCCACACAGGUGAGCGCCCCUACAAGUGCCCCGAGUGCCCCAAGGCCUUCAAGGGCUCCUCCGCCCUCCUCUACCACCUGCGGGGCCACACAGGUGAGCGCCCCUACACCUGCGCCACCUGCGGCAAGAGCUUCAAGCGCUCCUCGCUGCUGCAGACUCACCUGCGCGUGCACACGGGGCUGCGCGCCUUCAGGUGCGCCCAGUGCGGCCUCACCUUCAAGUGGGCGUCGCACUACCAGUACCACCUGCGGCAGCACUCAGGUGAGCGGCCCUACCGCUGCCCCACCUGCCCCAAGGCCUUCAAGAACUCCUCCAGCCUGCGGCGCCACCGCCACACCCACACGGGUGAGCGCCCGCACACCUGCGGCACCUGCGGCAAGGGCUUCGCCCAGGCCACCAACCUGCGGCAGCACCUGCGCGUGCACACGGGCGAGCGGCCGUACACCUGCGGCACCUGCGGCAAGAGCUUCACGCACUCGUCCAACCUGCACCUGCACCGGCGCACGCACUCGGCGGCGCGGCCCUUCCGCUGCCCCGCCUGUCCCAAGGCUUUCGUCAUGGCCGCCUACCUGCAGCGGCACCUGCGCACGCACGGCCCCGCCCCGCGCCGCGCACCUGGCGCUGCCGCACCUGCGCCGCCGCCGCCCGCCGCCGCCGCUUACCUGCUGCUGCCCGUUCCAGGUGUCGCCUCCCCCCGCAAGGUGCUGCUGCUGCCCGGCCCCGCCCGGCCGCACCUGGCGCAGGUGGGCAAGGGGCAGCGCACCUGGCAGAGCGUCCUGCUCGUACCUGGCGCCGGGCAGGAGGGGGCGGCAGCGGGGCUGCAGCUGCAGGUGGCUGAGGUGGCAGGGGUGACAGGUGUGACAGGUAUAACAGGUGUGGCAGGUGUGGGUGUGACAGGUAUAACAGGUGUGGCAGGUGCAGGUGUGACAGGUGUAGGGGUGGCAGGUGUGACAGGCAUAAGAGGUGUCACAGGCAUCCCAGGUGUAGGUGUGACAGGUGUUGCAAGUGGAGGUGUGACAGGUGUGACGGGUGUGACAGGUAUAACAGGUGUGGCAGGUGCAGGUGUGACAGGUGUAGGGGUGGCAGGUGUGACAGGCAUAAGAGGUGUCACAGGCAUCCCAGGUGUAGGUGUGACAGGUGUUGCAAGUGGAGGUGUGACAGGUGUGACGGGUGUGGGUGUCACAGGGCUCACAGGUGUGAGAGGGGUGACAGGCGCAGGUGUCACAGGGCUCACAGGUGUGACAGGUGUCCAGCUCCAGGUGCUGCCGGUGGCCCCAGAGGUCACCAAUGUCCAGGUGCAAGGCGGGGAGCUGACAGGUGUGGCAGGUGUGACAAGUGCAGGUGUGACAGGUGUGACCGGUGUGACAGGUCUGUCAGGGGUCACAGGUGUAGGUGUGACUGGUGUGACAGGAGCAGGUGUGACAGGUGCAGGUGUGACAGGUGCAGGUGUGACAGGGGUGCGGCUCCAGGUGCUCCCGGUACCCUCGGAGGUGACCAAUGUCCAGCUCCAGGUGCUGCCAGCACCACCUGAGGUCACCGGUGUCCAGCUGCAGGCAGGUGAGGUCACCAAUGUCCAGCUCCAGGUGCUGCCACCACCUUCAGGUGGCACAGGUGUCCAGCUCCAGGCAGGUGAGGUCACCAACGUCCACCUCCAGGCCCUGCCGCUGACCUCAGGUGUCACCAACGUCCAGCUCCAGGUGCUGCCACCACCCUCAGGUGGCACAGGUGUCCAGCUCCAGGUGCUUCCAGCACCACCUGAGGUGACCAAUGUCCAGCUCCAGGCCACCGAGGUGCCCGGUGUCCACCUGGAGACCGCGGAGGUGACCGAUGUCCACCUGGAGAUCUCAGAGGUGCCAAGUGCCCACCUGGACAUGUCAGAGGUGCUCAGUGUCCACCUGGAGACCACCGAGGUGACCGCUGUCCACCUGGAGACCUCAGAAGUGACCGAUGUCCACCUGGACGCCUCAGAGGUGACCAAUGUCCACCUGGACACCUCAGAGCUGCGCAGUGCUCACCUGAAAACCUCAGAGGUGACCAAUGAGCAGCUGGACACCUCAGAGGUGACCGAUGUCCACCUGGACACCUCAGAGGUGACCGCUGUCCACCUGGAGACCUCAGAGGUGACCGAUGUCCACCUGGACACCUCAGAGGUGACCGAUGUCCACCUGGACACCUCAGAACUGCCCAGUGUUCACUUGGAGACCGCAGAGGUGACCGACGCCCACCUGGACAGGUCAGAGGUGACCGAUGUCCACUUAGAGACCGCAGAGGUGACCGAUGCCCACCUGGACAGGUCAGAGGUGACCAAUGUCCACCUGGAGACCUCAGAGGUGAUCGAUGUCCACCUGAAGACCUCAGAACUGCCCAGUGUCCACCUGGAACCCACAGAGGUGACCGAUGCCCACCUGGACACCUCAGAGGUGACCAGUGUCCACCUGGAGACCACAGAGGUGACCAAUGUCCACUUAGAGACCGCAGAGGUGACCGAUAUCCACCUGGACACGUCAGAGGUGACCGAUGCCCACCUGGACAUGUCGGAGGUGCCCGAUGCCCACCUGGAACCCACAGAGGAGGUGACCGAUGUCCACGUCCAUCUGGAGGCCACAGAGCUGCCCAAUGUCCACCUGGAGACCUCAGAGGUGACCGCUGCCCACCUGGAGACCACGGAGAUGACCAGUGCCCACCUGCAGACCAAUGAGAUGACCAGUGCCCACCUGGAGACCAGUGAGAUGACCAGUGCCCACCUGGACACCUCAGAGGUGACCGAUGCCCACCUGGAGACGUCAGAACUGCCCAGUGCUCACCUGGAGACCAUGGAGGUGCCCAGUGCCCACCUGGAGACAUCAGAGGUGCCCUCUGACCACCUGGAGACCCCUGAGGAGGUGCCCGGUGCCCACCUGGACACCUUGGCGAUGACCAGUGCCCACCUGGAGGUGCCCGGUGCCCACCUGGAGCCCACAGAGGUGCACCUGGAGCCCCCCUAGGAGGUGCCUAGUGCCCACCUGGAGACCUUGGGAGGUGCCCAGUGCCCACCUGGACAUGUCAGAGGUGUCCAGUGCCCACCUGGAGGUGCCUGGUGCCCACCUGGACACACCUUGAAGGUGCCCAGUGCCCACCUGGAGGUGCCCAGUGCCCACCUGGGCACGCCUUGGAGGUGCCUGGUGCCCACCUGGAACCCCCCAGGUGCUCCUGGUCCAGGGGACCCCGUGCCCUGCCCCGUGCACACCUGUGCCCGCAGGUGAGGGGUGCCAGGGGUACCUCGGGGGUACCUGGGGUACCUGAGCUCACCUGCCCAGGUGAGGGGUGCCCGGGGGUACCUGGGGGUCCCUGGGGGGUGCCAGGGGGG